AUGGGAAUAGAGAAUAAAGGAAUAGUACUGAACCCUCCUUCUCUCUCUUCCCCUUCCAUUCUUCUUCUUCUUUUUAUCUUUAGCCUCACCAACUUUGCUCUUGCCACUGAUUCUUCUUUCUCACCUUCUGUUAAUUAUCUCAUUGAUUGUGGGUCCUCCAACCCCACUAAGCUCAAAGAUGGAAGAACCUUCAAAUCUGAUCGUGAAACUGCAUCUCUCUUAUCCACAACUGAAGAUGUGAAACUAUCAGUUAAUUCUAUCAACAUAAAUGUCUCUCCUUCAAUUUCUUCUACAUCAUUGCCUUUGUAUCAAACUGCAAGAGUUUUUCAAGAGGAAUCCACGUACUCCUUUUACAUCUCCAAAACUGGUAGACUUUGGAUUCGCCUUUACUUCUACCCUCUCUCUCACCCUUCCUAUAAUCUAACAAGGGCAGUUUUCAGUGUCCAAACUAACCACUUUGUGCUCUUGCAUGAAUUCUCUGUGAGCAACAAUGACUCACUUGUUUUCAAGGAAUAUCUUGUUAAUGUUUCUGAGAGCAGAUUCUCCCUCAAAUUCAAGCCCAAGAAAAACUCCUUUGCAUUCAUCAAUGCCAUUGAGGUUGUCUCAGCCCCUGACACCCUUAUUUCUGAUUCAGCAACUGGUGUUACCCCACUUGGAGAAUUCAAAGGGUUGUUGAUAUCUGCUUUGCAAGUAUCCUACAGAGUAAAUGUUGGUGGACCAACCAUAACUCCUGAUAAUGAUACCUUGUCAAGAACAUGGGAGCCUGAUGUCUCUUAUAAUAUCUUCCCACAGGGUUCUAAGACUGUUGUGGUACCCAGCAACAGCAUCAAAUAUCCACUUACUGGUGUUCCUGUUACACCUUUGAUUGCUCCGAACUUGGUUUACUCAACUGCUAAAUAUAUGAAAGAUCCUAGAGUUAUGGAGCCAAAUUUCAAUCUUAGUUGGUUGAUGAAUGUGGAAAGAAGCUACUCUUAUUUGAUAAGAAUGCAUUUUUGUGACAUUGUGAGCAGAAGUCUUAAUCAACUAUAUUUCAAUGUGUACAUCAAUGGGAAUGUGGGUGUGUCAGCUUUAGACCUUUCAACAGAAACCAAAGCUCUAGCCACUGCUUUUUACAAGGACUUUGUGCUUGGUGCAUCUGCUAUCACAAAUGGCUCCAUCUUGGUUCAGGUGGGACCAGCUAAUCUUCAGCAAGGCACGGUCAAUGCAAUUCUGAAUGGAAUUGAGGUGAUGAAGAUAAGCAAUUCUGCAGAUAGCUUGGAUGGUUUCUUCUCUGUUGAUGGGAAAUACAAAGGGCAAAGUUCAACAACCAAGGCAAUGCAAAUUGCUGCUUGUGUUGGACUCGCAUUGGCUGUGAUAUCAAUGCUGUUGCUAUCAAUGAUUUUCGUAAGGUGGCAAAAGAGACCUCAAAGCUGGGAAAAGCAUUACAGGUUCUCAUCAUGGCUCCUUCCUCUUCAUUCUAGUUCUAAAACUAGCAUGUUUUCAAGCAAAAGCAGCUUUGUAAGCUUAAUAACCACAUUCAUUUCCCACAAGAGCAAGCAUGGUCACCAUGGCUCACCACAAGGGCCUAAAAGGUUCUUCCCUUUCAGUGAAAUGCAACAAGCCACAGAUAACUUUGAUGAAAAGAGAGUAAUUGGUGUUGGAGGCUUUGGGAAAGUGUACCUAGGAAGGUUGAAAGAUGGGAAAAAGGUUGCUAUAAAACGAGGAAAUGAUGGUUCAGAACAAGGCAUCAAUGAGUUCAGAACAGAACUAAACAUGCUUUCCAAGCUACGCCAUCGCCACCUAGUCUCACUGAUGGGUUACUGUGAUGAAAGCUCAGAGAUGGUUCUUGUCUAUGAGUACAUGGCUAAUGGCCCAUUUCGUUCCCACCUUUAUGGCUCCAACCUUCCUCCUUUGUCAUGGCAAAAGAGGCUUGAGAUAUGCAUUGGUGCUGCUCGUGGACUUCACUAUCUCCACACUGGUGCAUCUCAAAGUGUCAUACACCGUGAUGUGAAGACAACAAAUAUCCUUUUAGAUGACAACUUUGUUGCUAAGGUUUCUGACUUUGGUUUAUCAAAAGUUGUCCCAGAUAAAGCAGAAGUGACCACAGCUGUGAAGGGUAGUUUUGGAUACCUUGAUCCUGAGUAUUAUAGGAGCCAACAACUAACACAAAAAUCUGAUGUAUACUCUCUUGGGGUUGUCCUUGUUGAGGUACUUUGUGCUAAGCCAGUUAUUUGCCCAACACUCACAAUGGAGGGGAUUAACUUGGUUGAUUGGGCAAUGCAACAUCACAAAAAUAGCACGCUCCAUGAAGUAAUUGAUCCACUUAUUGUUGACACUAUCAAUGUUGAAUCGUUAAAUGUUUACGUUCACAUUGUAGUGAAAUGUCUAGAAUAUUGUGGUGCUGAUAGGCCUAGCAUGGUGGAUGUGUUAUGGCAUUUGGAAUAUGCUCUGCAACUACAAGAAGCUGCCUCACGGACUGAUGCAUCUCAGGAUAAAUGUGAAACUCUGAUCCCAAACGGAUAUGACAAUAUAACAGAUCUCUCAGGUGUUCACACAAAUUGAUGCAUCUGCUAGCACAAGUGUUGCUGAAACUGCUUUUUCUCAAACAACCGAGUUUCAUGGAAAGUAAAGUUAGGUAGGAAUUGCUAACAGUGUGUUUAGUCUCACGUUAGAAUGUAGGUAUACCUACGUUUACUUCAACAUUGCUAACAGUGUGUUUAGCUUUCUAAUGUGUUUCCAAACAUGUACUAAGAGGUUCAAAGGAAAAGUAGUCACCUUGUGGCCCCAAAAGGACUUGGAUUUGUUGUGCCAGUGUUUUCCUUUCUACAAAUACUCAGUGCUGAAGUUUAUGCAAGUGCUAUGGAGCAACCUCUAGGUAUCUGAUAGUCUUGGUCACCACAACAACCGAGACCAAAUUGAAGUAAUUCUAGU